AUGUCAGACGAAGAAGGCACUUCAAGCUCAUCCACAACCCACGCCUCGGAGUUAAAGCUUCCUCAUUUCUGGCCCAAAUAUCCCAGGCUGUGGUUCAGCCAAAUCGAGGCCCGCUUCCAGCUUCGACGCAUCACAUCGCAAGAGUCGAAAUACCUCCACGUCGUUGCAGCACUGCCACUUGACAUCGCUGACGCCAUAGACGAUGUGCUCGCCUCCCCUCCAUCGGAGAAGGCCUACGACGAACUAAAAAGCACCGUCCUGAAACGUCUUGAAGUGUCCGAACAGAGCAGGCUGCAACAAGUCCUGUCUCAUGAAGAGCUCGGUGACAAGCGUCCCUCGCAACUUCUCCACCGAAUGCGUCAGCUGCUGGGCCAACAAGCGUCAGAGGUGCGUCAACAGCCAUUGCUUCGCGAGUUGUUUUUGUAG